CUAUGGCUGCUGCUGUGCCCCGUGCGGCUUCCUUCUCCCCACUGCUUCCCCUCUUCCUCGGCCUCCUGCUCCUCUCUGCCCCGCAGGGCGGCAGCGGCCUGCACACCCCUGGUGUCCUUCCCCUGGAUACUGUCACUUUCUACAAGGUCAUUCCCAAAAGCAAGUUCGUCUUGGUGAAGUUCGACACCCAGUACCCCUACGGUGAGAAGCAGGAUGAAUUCAAGCGUCUGGCUGAAAACUCGGCCUCCAGCGAUGAUCUCUUGGUGGCCGAGGUGGGGAUCUCAGAUUACGGAGACAAGUUGAACAUGGAACUAGGUGAGAAAUACAAGCUGGACAAAGACAACUACCCAUUCUUCUACCUGUUCCGGGAUGGGGACUUUGAGAACCCAGUUGUAUACAGUGGGCCAGUGAAGGUUGGAGCCAUCCAGCGCUGGCUGAAGGGGCAAGGGGUGUAUGUAGGAAUGCCUGGUUGCCUGCCUGCCUACGAUGCCCUGGCUGGAGAGUUCAUCAGGGCCCCUGGGCUAGAGGCUCGCCAAGCCCUGUUGAAGCAGGGGCAGGACAACCUUUCAAAUGUGAAGGAGAUGCAGAGGAAAUGGGCAGAGCAGUAUUUGAAGAUCAUGGGGAAGGUCAUAGACCAAGGUGAGGACUUCCCAGCUUCAGAGAUAGCCCGGAUCACCAAACUCAUUGAGAAGAACAAGAUGAGUGAUGGGAAGAAGGAUGAACUCCAGAAGAGUUUGAAUAUCCUGACUGCCUUUCAGAAGAAGGGGACAGAGAAAGAGGAACUGUGAAAAGGCACUUGGGGUCUUGGUGGGAGUGGGAGGGGAGA